UCAACGGAACAAUUAAAGAUAUCAACAAAACAUUUAAAAUACCAAUCCUAAGAGGGCAACAAACUAACUUGCUAAAAGCAAAACUAACGCGGACAAAAACCGCACUAAAACUAUUAGCCCACAUUGCCACAAUUAGUCAUAAGCCCAAACAAAGCCAACAAAGCCAACAUAACCAAAACCCUAAAUCAACCCAUGAGCCUAAACAAACCCUACCACCACCACCUGAAGAAGAGCCGUUGCGGUCACACCCAUCACCGCAUCUGUAACAGAUUUGGGAAAAAUAUGAUUUUCAGUUAUCUGAGCGAACAAAUAAAUAAAAACAAUAACUUUGGCAAAGAACAAUUGAGUGAUUUGCAGCAACCUCCGUCAAAGAUGAUGUAAAAUCAAAUUUAAAGAACAUGAGUGACAUUAGGGAGCUGGUUUUGGGAGUAGGAUUUGAUUGAGAACAUAGACUAAGGAAUGAUGGGAACUUCAAUUUUAACCAUAACUUAGAAAAACCACCUCCCCCUCUGUGGAAUUUUCCUUUAUUCCUCGCAGCUACCCUCGCUCAUAAAAACACACCAAACUAAUCAAUUAUUGCUCCAAUAAUUCGACUGAAAAGACGUUUGAAGUUCCAACGUAAGCACACUGUCCUUUCCUUUUUUCCUUGCAUUCUUUCUUCCUUUCUUCGCAGUGUUCUUCUCACUAAGGAGGUUGAAGUUUCAGCAAACUUUCUCGCAGCUUCCCUCGCUCAUAAGAUGCUUUUCUUAUUAAAAUAAAAGAAACCAAGAGGCCAUUACCUUCCCAGCUCUUUGAUCAGCCUGUUUCGUUCUCAUGUAUGCAAUCAAAUAACCUGCAUUCAAUGACGUACGAUGUGUUUCUGAGUUUCAGAGGCGAGGACACGCGGUUCAACUUUACUGAUCAUCUGCACAGCAAUUUGACUCGGAAGGGAAUUAGAACCUUCAUAGAUGAUGGUCUUAAGAGAGGGGAAGAAAUAUCACCGGCGCUUCUCAGAGCAAUCAAAGAGUCGAAGAGUUCUGUCAUCAUAUUCUCCGAAAACUAUGCGUCUUCAAAAUGGUGUUUGGAUGAACUCGUCAAGAUUCUUGAAAGUAAAGAAUCAAGAGAACAAAUAGUUUGGCCUAUUUUUUACAAGGUGAAUCCGUCGGAUGUACGGAAUCAAAAGGGAAGUUUCGGUCAGGCAUUUGCUGACUAUGAAUGUGAGUUCAAAGAUGACAUGGAGAAGGUGCAAAGAUGGAGGAGAGCUCUUACGAAAGCGGCCAAUCUGUCCGGGUGGUGUUUCUCCAACGGGCAUGAAGCAAAAUUUAUCCACAACAUUGUUGAAGAGAUUUCAAUACAAGUAUUAAACCAUAAUUAUUUGAAUGUAGCGAAAUACCCAGUUGGAAUAGAGUCUCGUGUACACGAGAUAAGUAAGCUUUUGGGUGUUGGGGGAAACGAUGUUCGCAUGGUAGGGAUAUGGGGAACUGGUGGAAUAGGUAAGACAACAAUUGCUAAAGCUGUUUAUAAUUCCACUGCCCAUAUGUUUGAAGGUAGCUGUUUUCUAGAAGAUGUUAGAGAAAGAUCAAUGCCAUAUGGAGGCUUAGUCGAACUACAAAAUAUUAUUCUUUCUGAGAUUCUAGGGGUAAAAGAAGUAAAGGUGACCAAUGUUGACAAAGGAGUCAAUGUGAUAAAGAAAAUGUUGAAUGGUAGGAAGCUUCUCUUAGUUCUUGAUGAUGUGAAUCAAUUGGACCAAUUAAACAAAUUAGUUGGAAGAUCUGAUUGGUUUGGUACAGGCAGCAGAAUUGUACUAACGACAAGAGAUAAGCAUUUGCUAAUUGCACAUCAAGUCAAUCUAAUGUAUGAGGUUGAGAAGUUAGACCAUUAUGAAUCUUUGAAGCUUUUCACCAGCUGGAAUUCAUUUUCAAGAAAUGGACACUUAGAUGGUGAUUAUGUGAAACUUGCAAACCAGGUAGUAGACUAUGCUCAAGGUCUUCCAUUAGCUCUUAUGGUUUUAGGUUCACAUCUAUGUGGUAGAAGUAUUGAUCAAUGGAAAUGUGCAUUAGAUGGUUACAGAAGAGUGCCUAACCAGGAGAUUCAAGACAUUCUCAAAAUAAGUUAUAGUGCACUAGACGAUGCGGUGAAGGAAGUUUUCCUUGACAUUGCAUGUUUCUUUAAAGGUGUAGGCAAGGACUAUGUGAUUGAAAUACUAGAAGGUUGUGACCUAAACCCUAAGUAUGAUCUUGAAGUACUCGUGGAAAAGGCUCUUAUAAAUAUUACGGAAGAAGGCAGGAUUUGGAUGCAUGACUUGAUAGAAGAAAUGGGUAAAGAAGUAGUUCGCCAAGAGUCGCCAACUGAGCCUGGAAAGCGUAGUAGGUUGUGGUUUCACGAGGAUGUUGACCAUGUUUUAACUGAAAAUACAGGAACAGAUAAGAUCAAAGGUAUCAUGGUGAAGUUGCCUGCUGGCCUUGAGUCAGAUGAGAUAUGCUUGAAUGCUAAAAGCUUCUCAAAGAUGAAAAAUCUUCGAAUUCUUUUAAAUCGUAAUGCACGCUUAUCUGGAGAAGUUGAUUAUCUUCCCAAUGAGUUGCGGCUCCUCAGGUGGCCUGAAUAUCCAUUACAAUCUUUGCCAGCAAAUUUUAAUCCAAAGAAACUUGUUGGUCUUACUAUGCCUCGUAGCCGCAUUUUACAACUGGAUUUGGAAUUGAAGAGUUUGAAAUUUAUAAAUGUGGAGAACAGCAAAUUCCUGACAAAAACGCCUAACUUCUCUGGAGUCCCAAAUUUAGAGAAGUUGAAUCUAAACUAUUGUACAAGUUUAGUUGAGCUUCAUCCUUCUGUUGGAUUCCUUCAUAAGCUUGUUAAGUUGAGUCUUACCGGAUGCCGUAGUCUUACUCUGUUUCCAAGAAUUGUCAACUUGAAAUCUCUGCUGAAGUUGAAUCUUGAAGGCUGCAUAAGUCUUGAGAAUUUCCCUGAAAUUAUGGGAAAGAUGGAAUCUUUGACAUACCUGGAUCUAUCGAAGACUUCCAUCAAAGAAUUGCCUUCAUCAUCAAUUCGACAUUUUACUAGUCUCAAGACGUUGUAUCUAACCGGAUGUGAAAAGCUUACAAAUCUUCCAUGCAGCAUUUAUGAAUUGCAGCAUCUAGUGGAAAUUUCUUUGAGUAAAUGCUCAAAAUUGGUUACAUUUCCUAAAAUGGUGAAGUCUGAAGAUUCAAGGACUGCAGAAUCACUUGUGACUCUUCACAGAGGCAAUUUAGUGUUUCCCAAGCUAUCUAAAUUCAAUGUGGGGGGAUCUAAUCUUUCAGAAAUUACCAAUUUUCUUUUGACUCUUGAUUGCUUGGCCACAUUAACAAGACUUGAUCUAUCAGGGAGCAAUUUCAUUAGUCUUCCCGCAUGCAUUAUUAACUUUGUCAACUUGCAUGAACUUCGGUUGGUUGGUUGCAAGAGACUUAGAGAAAUUCCGGAUCUUCCACAAGAAAUGGAAGUUUUAGAUGUGAGUGAUUGUGUAUCAUUGGAAAGAGUUUCAAAUUUGUCCAACAUUUUGGAACGUAAAGAGUCUCAAAUGAUCUCUGAAAUGAACUUGACUAAAUGUUGGAGACUGCGUAACAAUCUGGUUCGCUUUGCAAAGAAGAAAAAUAUGUUCAUAAAUCAGGUCAAUCUCUUCUCUCUCUUUCUCUCGUCUCAGCAAUCUUAUGUCGAGGUUGUAUUUCCAGGAAGUGGAAUUCCAAAGUGGUUCAGUUGUUGUCAGGAUUUGAAGGAUCUUCGCGAAUGUGCAUUCUCCAUUAAAAUCCCUCAAAACUUCAAAUUUGAGAACAAAGGAUUGGCUGUCUGUGCUUUUCUUCAAAAAACCAAAAAUAGGUUCCAUUUUGAUACUAAGCCCAAACUUAACAUCAGGGAUUUUUCUGUUGAUAUUUACUUAGAUGAACGACGCACUGAUAAUACACAUUCUACAGGGAAAGAGUCAACUGUAGUAUGGCUGUGGUAUAUUCCAUUCUUUGUAAUAUUGUCGGUCAGGGAAUCCUUGUGGGAGUACGAAUGCAUGAAAGGAAGAGCGAAAAGCUCAUGGGUGAUGCCACCUUAUUUGCCUACACUUCGAGUUCAUUUUGUACGCAUUAGCAAAGCUGUGAAAAGCUGCGGAGUCCACCUAGUAAUGCCACCAGGAUGAAGACGUCAGUAUGGAGGCAUGGGUGCGUCCUUGAAGAUACCAGCAUACCAACUGAUCAAUCCUCCAAAGCGUAAGACCAGUAGCCUUGAAAUGUGAUUGGGAUGCUAAGGAUUUGCAUCCUUCUUACAAGAUGACAUUCUCAAGCCUGCGGGUAGAAUUCAAUGAUUAUUAUUUGUUAUUGUUUUUGUGUUAAUUCAACAUGAGGAUUUUGGUUUCCUUUCAAUCAAGUUUUGAAUGGUGGACAUUGUAGAAUG